UUUACACCCCGGUUACUCAGUGCGUCAUCUAAAGGUGCGUUUACCUUCGGUCUCCUCCCAGUUUCAGCAGGUCACUCGAUACCUUUAAUCGGAUUUUUCUUCUUCCUUCAUUCACUGCAUCAAACGAUGUUUUUUAAUGGUUUAUUUGUGUUGCCUUGUUAGCGUCUAUCGAGAUUUAUGCAGUCUUCAUUAAUGGCCCCCACACAGGCGCGCGCACGGGGUUAAAACUAAAACGAAACGCACUCUCGAUACCCGAGGAAGAAGAUGGCAGCUACGAGUCUGGUCUUCAUUACAUGUCUCUGUUUGGCUCGAGAUUUUGUUUUCUGUGAUGAGUAUAAAGAAAUUGGAAAAGACAUCACACUAACUCCAAGCAUCCGUGGAAAGCCUACAGAUAUACAGUGGACACACAAUGAGGACAAGGUUCUGGUGUAUGACGGGAGGGAGGUGGUGGAGUACGCCUCGUUCAAGCACCGUGUGGUUGUUGAUUUCGAAACAGGACAGCUCACUAUCAAAAAACUAACCAGCCAAGACAGUGGACAAUAUCAAUCUCAAAUUAUGAUCAAUGGGAAAGUUCAGACCUCCAGUCAUACUGUGACAGUUUUGGAUGUUCUGCCAGAGCCUCAGGUGACCUGUGAACCGGGUGAGACUUCAGAUGUUAAAAAGCUGUUUUGUUCGGUGGAAUCCCGAACUCAGCCGAGCUAUGAAUGGAGCGGACUGAAUAUGAAGCUUCACUCGGGACCAGAGCUUCUUGUUGAAGAACAGGAGGAAAACCGCGACUCGGUCUAUACCUGCACUGUGAAGAAUCAAGCUAACAGCAGGAGCACAAAUUUUACUCUGACAGACUGCCACACAGGCCGAGCAGGGACUGCUGUGCUGGUUCCAGUCAUAAUAAUACCUCUCCUCAUCCUGCUUAUUCUACUGGGAGUAUUCUUAUACAGACGUAAAGAAAAAUCUAGACAGUCUGGCUUGAAGAAAAUCGACCCUGAAAAUGGUGAAGGCCAUAGCCUGAUGAGAAAUUACCAAAAGGACGUUAUGCCAGGUUCAAGUUCGUCUGAAGCCACACUCCCUAGUCACGCCAGACUUCCCCCUCAAAAUAAGUCUAUUAUUGAUCAAAAAUGGGAUCAAGCCAAUGAAGAAGAGGGUUCAGGUGGAACUAAUGAAGGACACAAACCUUUGAAGGAAACUCUUAAACAGAGCCCACAAUCUGCUGUGUCAGACACAAACCAACAAGACACCGAAAGUGGAAGUAAAGGAGAACUAGACAAAAAUGUGAAGAACAGCGAACAUGCAGUUGAAGCAGAAGAAAACACUGAUGAAACCGAGAAGGAGAGAGAUAAACAGAGACUAGAAGAGGAGAAGGAGAACAGGCAGACACAGGAGGAGUUUCCUGAGCAGCAGAACGAGAGAAAAACUGAAGAUAAUCGUGAGAAUAAUCAAACACCAGGAGAGAAAGAAGAGACCAAAGACAGAGGACACACAGAUUCACCAGCUAACCCGGAGAUGAACAGCAGUGACUCGUCUUCAAACCAAACUGACCGAGACCAGGAACAGGAGGAUGUCCUCUGACCCGAACCAGAGAUAUCUGAGGGACAAAAGCUGCAGUAACACAGACGAACAAGCGGAUUCACUGCAAUAAACUGUGUCUCAGCGGCAGCUCGACGAGGAAACUAGAUAAAGAAGUGCCAAAUAAAUCAAAGAUGACUGAUAAAGACCAAAGCUUUAAACCAUUGAACAUGAUGCAAAGGUCAUGCAAAAAGAAGGACAAGCUGAAGCUGAAAUUCAACAUGGUGGACACGACUUCACUCGACCCGAGGAUAGUGGACAGAGAGACAAGACAAGACAUGAAGGAGAACAUUGAAAUGAGUCACAAAUGAACAAAAGUUACUGUAAAUAACUCUGAUUCAGACUACAUGUGCCAGAGGACGAGAAACGACACGAAGGACAGUCCUAAAAACACACUGAGACACAGUAUCUGGAGGAGAACAGACGUGAGAUCGGCGAUGAGGGAGGUGAAGUUUAGUCAGCUGGAGAAGAUAACACACAAACACUGGAGGAGGAUCAGGAAUCACACUAGAUAAUGAAGGGAAUGAUAAACACAUCCUACAGCGAGUGGAACGGACGGGAAGUCCAAAUACUUGCCGUCUGAAUAAAAACUAUGACUGUCAAUAUUUCACGUUAAUGUAGUUCAGAGGCAAGAAUACAUUUGUGAACCCUUUGAAACAAUAUAUAUGGGUUUCCAAUGACAUGUUCAACUGAAUGUGUGUCAGUUUAGUCAGAUUAUGUUCAUCAAUAAUUGUGACCGCAAGAUAGGGUGACCACCCGUCCUGCGCACAGCGUUUGAAGCCCAAUUCAUGCAUCCCGCAAAUUGAGACUGUGUCACUCAUAAUCAAUGCUUGCUCAAAAAAAAUAAAAAAUUCUUGAGACACAGGCCAAACGAA